UGAAAGCUGCCUUUGGCCACCGAGAAAUAACUACUCUUGGUCAUUAGCAGCUGCUGCAGCUCACUGCUCCGUGUAUGUCCCACUCAUGAGAAAACAAAGGUGCUGACGGACUUACUGCUGAAAUUAAGAAGAAAGUUAAAUAUUUAGAGAUGGGUUUUGGAGAGGACCUGCGGUGCCCCCAGGCACAUGCAGCUGUCAUGCGGCUGCUGGACUCAGAGCUUCACAUGAUGGAGGUCAUGAAGAAGUGGAUGGGUCAGCGGGCUAAGAGUGAGCGGGAGUUUUCAGUGCAGCUGCACCACAUGGCUGCCAUGGUGGAAAAGUUUGACCGGCCCCAGCCUGGUGCAGGACAGGACUACAUCAGCCAGCUCAACAAGUCGUGGGGAGUGCUGGUCUCUCAAACUGACUACUUCAGUCAGGUGAUGAAGAAUCGCUCUGAGGCUCUGCUGAAUGGUCCCAUCAGCAAACUGACGCUGCUCAUCAGAGACAAACAGCAGCUCCGCAAAACCUACGCAGAGCAGUGGAACCUGCUGAAGCAGGAGCUCAGCAAGGUGACCCAGACAGAGCUGGAGAGGCUGAAGAGCAACUACAGACAGGCAGUGAGAGAGGUAACUCAGGCUAAGAAGAAGUACCAGGAUGCCUAUAAAGAUAAAGAGCGAGACAAGACUAAAGAGCGUUACGUAAAGGCUUCACUGAAACUCCACGAGCUGCAUAACGAGUAUGUGCUGUCUGUGCGAGCUGCUCAAGUGUACCAUCAGCAACACUACAAUCAGAUCCAGCCCACGCUGCUCAAUGCACUGCAGACUCUGCAGCAGGAGAUGGUGCUCAUACUAAAGGAGAUUCUCCAAGAGUAUUUUGACAUCUCCACUCUCCUCCAUCAUGAAGUGGUGCGGAUCCACAGGGAGAUAUCUUCUGCUCUAACGGCCAUCGAUCCUCAAAGAGAAUAUGAGAGCUUCAUCCAACAGAACAGAUCUGUAGGCGAGACUCCUGCUUGUGUAGAGUUUGAUUGUAGUCUUCUAGAAGACACUGAGCAGCUAAAUCCCAGGGAGAUUGAACUGAACGACCUCACGCUUGAGGCAAUCCAGCACAAACUGACUGUGGUAGAGGAGGAGCUGCUGGAUCUGACUCGGACUCUGGGCUCCCAGCAGUCCUCGGUUGAUCAGCUGGAGCUGGAGCUUGACGCUGAGCGGGAAGGUGUAAAAAAAGGCCAGAGAGUCUAUCAGUUUAGCAAGAGACAUGCGAUGGAGGAGUGCCGGUGGCAGGUUGCUCUGUCUCAGGGUGUUAGAGCCAAGCUGGAGGUUCAGAGGCUUCUUCUGAAGGAAAAACUGGACAAGCUGGGCUCCAAAGAACCUCCCUGUGCUCUGAAGCUGGACCCAGACACCAUCUCAAAUUUGUCCCAGACAAGCAACGACCACAGCCCAUCAUUUUCCAAACCCCUCAUGGACGGGAUCAUAAACCAUCUGAGUGGCCUGUUGAAACCCAAAUGGGAGGUGCUCCCAUCCAUCAACCUGGUACAGGCGGUGGAUCGACCUCUGGAGCAGCAGGAGUGGUACCACGGAGCCAUUCCAAGACUGGAGGUCCAGCAACUGCUGACGAAUGAUGGAGAUUUCUUGGUGAGGAAGAGUCAAGAGAAAGAUGGCUAUGUGCUCUCUGUGCAAUGGGAAAGAUCCUGCAAGCAUUUCCUCAUUCAGAACACUGAUAAUAUGUACCGUCUGGAUGGAGAAGGCUUCCACAGUGUCCCACAGCUGAUCCAUCAUCUGCUGUCCUCACAUCAACACAUCACCAAGAAGUGUGACAUAGUGCUGAUAAAACCUGUACCGAAGGACAAGUGGGUCUUGGAACAUGAUGAUGUUAUCUUGGGACCCCUCAUUGGACGGGGUAACUUUGGAGAAGUGUACAGUGGUCGUUUACGUUCUGAUAACACUCCUGUGGCAGUGAAAUCCUGUAAAGAGAACCUGGCCCCGGAGCACAAGAGUAAGUUCCUGAUAGAAGCCAGGAUCCUGAAGCAAUAUGACCAUCCUAACAUUGUGAAGCUGAUAGGAGUGUGUACUCAGAAACAGCCCAUCUACAUCAUCAUGGAGCUUGUUCAAGGUGGGGAUUUUCUAUCCUACUUACGGCAUGAGGGUCACAAUCUGAAGCCUAAGAUGUUGGUCAAAAUGACAGAAAAUGUAGCAUCUGGCAUGGAGUUCCUGGAGAGCAAGAAUUGUAUCCACAGGGACCUGGCAGCAAGAAACUGUCUGGUUGCAGAGCAAAAUGUGGUGAAGAUCAGUGACUUUGGGAUGUCCCGUCAGCAAGAUGAUGGUGUCUACUCUGCAGAGGGCAGCCUGAGACAGAUCCCUGUCAAAUGGACGGCUCCUGAGGCCCUGAACUAUGGUCGUUAUACCAAAGAGAGUGAUGUCUGGAGCUUUGGGGUCUUACUGUGGGAGACCUUCUCCAUGGGAAUGACGCCCUACACGAGCAUGACUAACCAACAGACACGAGACGAGGUGGAGAAAGGAUACCGUAUGCCCGCUCCACAUUGUUGCCCUGUGGAAAUCUCCAGGAUUAUGAACAGUUGCUGGCAGUACGACCCCAGAAACAGACCAUCAUUCAAGAAACUUCGGGCUGAGCUUAGUGUCAUAUACAACAAAAUGACAUAAUACAAACCUAUUUAUUGGACCUGCAUAUAGAAGCAAAGUGAA